AUGUCUAAGUCAUUCUUGGGAGCAGAAGCUAAUUAUGACACACACAACAAGGAGCUUCUUGCAAUCAUCAAAGCCCUAGAAGAAUGGCAAAUCCUCCUAGAAGCAAUGGAUAAACCAGUACAAGUGUUCACCAAUCAUUGUAACUUGGAAUACUGGAUGCAAGCCCAAACGUUCAACCACAGGCACACCCAAUGGCGCAUAUUCCUGAGCAACUUCAACUUUGAAAUCCACUAUCACCCAGGAAAGCAAUCAGGAAAACUGGAUGCCCUAUCCAGGAGAGCGGACUAUGUUGACACCCCCCAGGAGCCCAAAAUUAUGCUACCAACCAAGGUCUUUGCCAACACCUCCCAGGAAGAGCUAGAAAUUGUCACAGAAAUCUGCUUCAAACUGAGAGAAGACCCUUCCCUCAAGCCAAUUAUCCAAUUCCUAACUGAGGACGCUGACAAUGCACCACCUUCCAUCUGCAAGGCCUACCAAGACUACAACUGGGAAGAAGAUCCUGGCAGGCCAUCCAGGACAACAACAGACCUUAGAGCUACUCAGUAG